AUGUUGUCGGUGCUGCCGGUGCUGCUACUUCUGUCGGCCCUGGGCGGCUUGCUUCCAAGGGCCGCCGCGCAAGAGCGGGUCUUCCUCCACCAAGCCCCCUACUCCGUCCAUGAUGCGAGCCUGGAAAGUGUCUUCUACACCCCGCUGGAUGCCCCCUCGAUGACCGGAGUCCGGACAACUGAGCUCCGGUGGGACUUUUACAAGCAGGGCAGCUCCUCGGCCUGGGAGGCCGACAACCGAUGGGGAAGACUGUUUUCCCUGGCCUCGGUCUCGCACUCGGCAUACUGUCCCCGCCUGGCGGCAAGCUGCAAUACCCCGGUCCUGGUUAUCCCCUCGGAAACGCAAUUCCCCGUCCUCAUCCAGCACACCCAAACGUGGGCUGCCUUCUUCCAAUCGAGCUCGGUCAGCAAUUUCCCCAGCCCCCCGGCCGAAGUCCUGGCGGCAAUCGGGAUUGCAACGAAAAAGGCCUUCAUCCUGGGUGCUCGUGUGCAGGCUGGCGGUGUACGCACGGUCUUCCUGUCGCGCUUGGAAGACACCAGCCUCAGCAGCAUCCCGCUGAGCAAUGCGCCCGCGCCGACGAGCGAGCCGGUGCUCGGGGUUCCGGGCCCGGGAAGGGUGUUCUAUCUGCUCUGGGCCCAGCAGGCAUAUCGCGUGCUUGUGACAUCCGACUCCAGUGCCAGCAUUUCGUCGGCCUCCCCGGUCGGGGCCUUUGUCCAGGCAUUUGCCACCCGGCUGGUGACGUCGGCCAGCGACUGCCCGGAUGCCGCGGACCUGGUGGUCAUCGACCCGAACGGCGGGAUUCGGAUGAUGCCCUGUCACGGGGGCUCGGCACCGGCGGCCGCCACACUCGCCACUGACAUUCCCCCGGGCACGCCUUUGGAGGGGCGCUUUCUCAUGCCGCUGGCCACCACCACCGGAGACUUGGUGCCCUACUUCUACUAUGCCGCCCCCGCCGGGGGGGCCCUCUGGCGGGUGGAUGUCCACCCGGUGGCCGGGGCAACCUGGCGCCCGGUGACCUUGCCUCCUGGCGUCCCCGGCACCCAGGGCAUGGAGAUGAUCCGUCUCCGCAGCGGGGUCCUACCCUCGGGGCAAUGGGCCCUGGUGGAUGCCGACCGCCAGGCUCUCUUUGAUUCCGAGACCUUUGGCUGCCACAGUGAUCCCAGCAUCAUGUGCGACAGCCCGACCGGGACCUCGGCCUCGACGCGUGCCUGGCGCUGUGCCGACGACCGCGCCGAGUCGCCGGCCGUAUCGCCGGAUCAGAUGUGCGCCGGCUGCCCGGCCGGCUGGUACCUGGACCGGCCGUCCGGCGAGGCGCCCUUCGCCAGUCCGGGCCACACUUGUCGGAAGUGCCUGGCCGCCAACUGCCUCACAUGCAAUGCCCUCCACUGCCUGGUUUGCCAAAGUGGCUACAUGCCGCAGCCGGACCCCAUCAGCGACCGGGUCAUCUGCGUGACAGCCUGCUCGCCAGGCUACCAGGCUGUGGCUGGCGUGUGCCAGCCCCAGGAGAAGCCCCUGCCGACCAUGGCUCUGGCCCAGCCGCAGCCGGAGCUGGUGGCCGGUUUGCCGACCGGAGCCCAAGUGACGGCCAUCGGCGAGACGAGCCUGUCGCUCGAUUCGGCCGGGGCCCCGAUCGCCCCGUCGGCCGGGGCCCCCCCGGGGCAUGCGGCCAACCUGCUGGUGUUUGUCCGCGCCAAUGCCACCCGCCGGGUGUACCUCAUGCCCAAGAGCCACAUUGGCCAGUCCAACAACCCGCCCCUGCUGGAGGUGGCGCCCCUUCCCUGGACCCUGACCAAGCAGGUUGUCUCGUUCAUGGAAAUGGGCCCCUUUGUCGGCAGCUCGAAGGUGACUUUCGGGCAUGUCUUCUGCUUCGGAGACGGGACUGCCGGCAUCUUUUGGACCUCCUGCCCGGGGAGUCCUCCGACGGGGCCGUGCACGGCCCCCACGCAGAUGCCCAACUUCCGCGAGGGCUGCCGGCGCCUCUGGAGCUUGGGCCCGAGGCGGAUCGCCCGCGAGCUGGACGACCAAGCCAUUGACAUCUAUACGGCCGAUCUGACGGGCGACGAAAUCAACACGAUCCACAUCGCCGGGCUGGCCCAUGUGGUCCAUUUGGCGGAUCCCCCGGCCGGCGGGCCCCCGGCGGCUCGGUCGCACCUGGACACCUGGCUCCUGGCGUCCGGCCAUGCCUGGCCGGCCACCGCACUGCCGGUGGGCUAUCUGACGGAUGCCGCCCUGAGCAAGCCCCUGCACGGGCGGCUCCUGGCCGGGAUGCCGAACGAGAGGGAGCUCCUGCCGAUCAUGAUGCCGCUGUUUCCCGACGCACCGGGCACGGUGCCGGAAUUGGUGCUCAUCCACUGGCCGAAUGACAUCUGGACGGUCCGGCGCGUGCCGGGGGAUGUGGUCCCCUCCGGCCGGUCGGUGGGGCUGGCCCCGGCCGAGCAGGCCCUCGGGCAGCUCCCCGCGUCGCUGGGCUCCGUGUCGGAAUCCGCCGGCCGCGUGCGCUUCCAGGCAUUGGACCUUUCGGCGGCCAUGGGCUGGGAAUAUCCCAGCGCACUGCUGCUCCUGGCGAGGGAGUUCCUCGGCGUGGCGCUCUUCCGGUGCUCGGCACCCACCGGCCCAUGUGCCUUCCUGCCGGCGCACUUCACGUCCCUGCCGGCCCCCCUGCCAGGCAGCACGGGCCUGUGGCUGGCGGCCGUGAAUUACAUCCCGCCCGGACUUGCCGGCGGGGCCACACUCCGGCCCCCCUCCGGUCGGCGGGAGUAUGCUGUCCAGCAGAAUGCACCCGCAUCCCUGGAUGUGCUGCUGUUUGCCGAGGAUGUCGGCCUGACGCGCGCCGCCCUCGCGGUCGAGUGCCCGGCCGGGACCUUCCCCCCGGCAUGCGAUCCGUGUGAUGGGCUUUGCCGGGAGUGCUCCGGGCCCGGCCGUGGCAAUUGCACCGCAUGUCGCACUUGGCUGGCCAGCCAGCCGGGGGUCUGCCUGGACGACUGCCCGGAGGGCCUGAAGUCGAGCCCCACCGGCGAGUGCACCUGCCAGGAUGCCUGUCUGGAGUGCGGCCUGGCCGGCCAAACGGCCGGGCCAUUUGUCUGCACGAAGUGCAUGCCGCAGAUGGCCUUGGUCGAGGGGUCGAACGGGCUGAAGGCCUGCGAGCCCUGCCACGACACCUGUGCCGAGUGCAUGGUCCCGAGGGAUUCCGCUGCGUGCGUGGCGUGCAGCACGCCGCGCUUCCUGCACCAAGGGCUCUGCUUGGAAGCCUGUCCGGGUGGGACGUGGCCGGAUGGAGUCGAUCGCCAAUGCCGAAGCUGCCCGGCCGGUUGUACCGCCUGCUCCGGGGCCGAUGCCUGCUCUGCCUGUGUCCCGCGGUUCUUCCUCGCUGGCUCGAUGUGCGCCGAGUGCGAUGCUUCCUGCGCGUCGUGCCAAGAUGGCAGCAGCUGCUUGGACUGCCGGCCGGGGAUGGUUUUCCUCCGGUCCGAUCCCGGCAUGGCCUCGCUGUGCGGCACUGCCUGCGCCGUGGGCGAGUAUGCUGGCGCCGACCGGUGCACCCCCUGUGCCGAGGCAUGUGCCCUGUGUGCCGGGCCCGGGCCGGCGGCUUGCCAGGUGUGUGCCACCGGGUACCGGUGGGCCGAGGCGGCGCCGGCCGGCAAUCGCCCCGGCACCUGUGUCGAAUGCCCGCUCGGCUGUGCUUCCUGCACCCGGGCGGACGUGUGCAUGGCCUGCAUGGAGCCCCUGCUGCUGACGAGCGAGGGUACAUGCACGAGCACAUGCCCGGCUGGCAGCCACUCCAACGGCGAAUCGUGCCAGCCAUGCGACGUGUCCUGUGUCGAGUGCGUCGGGCCGGGUGCCGAGCACUGCACCCUCUGCGAGGAGGGGCUGGAAUUCCAGGCAGCCAGCGGGCCGGGGGGCUUUUGCGUGUCCCCCUGCCCGGAGGGCCAGUAUCGCGAGGCCGCCGGCGCGGCGUGCGUCCCCUGCCACGAGGCGUGUGCCACGUGCAACGGCCCGACCGACCGGGACUGCUGGCGCUGCAACAGCGGCCUGCUGCAGGCCGGCGAGUGUGUGCAGGCAUGCGCCAGCACACACGUGGCCGAGGGCAACCAGUGCAAGGCCUGCCACAAAUCCUGCCGCUCCUGCACCGGGGUCCUGUCGACCGACUGCCUGGAGUGCAGUGCCGACAUGCUGGCCCUUCUUUCGGGGCCCUCCCAGCGGCUGAGUUGCGUCACCGAAUGCGGCCUGGGCUCCAAGCGGCUGGAUGACACCUGUACCCAGUGCGAGGGCGAGUGUGCCGCCUGCCCGGAAUCGGUGGACACAUGCACCACCUGCAAGCAUGGCUGGAAGCUGUUCCGGGCCGGCUGUGUCGGUACAUGUCCGGCCGAGUCCGCCGACCAGGGCAACGUGUGCUCCACUUGCCACGCUUCCUGUGGCACCUGCUACGGGCCGAACCCGGGGAAUUGCACCUCCUGCCCGGGGGCCUUGCCGCUGCUGCACGAAAACCACUGCUACGACAGGUGCCCGGGUGGCACCUUCCAGGCGGGCCAGGAGUGCCAGCCCUGCGGCGCCAACUGUGCCGCCUGCUCCGGGCCGCAGAUCGACGAUUGUACCGGCUGCCCGGUGGGCCGGGUGCUGAAGGAUGGCAUGUGCCUCGCGGCCUGCCCGACCGGGUGGUAUGACCAUGAGUCGGAAUGCGCUCGCUGCCUGCCAGCAUGCCACACAUGCGACCGGGCCGAGGGAUGCACCGGCUGCCGGCCGGGGGAGGCCUUCCUCGGGCCGAGUGGCCUCUGUGAGCCCGGCUGCCCGGAGGGGUGGCUGGCAUGUUCGAUGGACGCCCAGUGCCGGCCCUGCCCCCCGGGCUGUGCCACAUGUGCCUCGGCGAAGGCCGACUGCGCGGCCGAGUGCCAGUCCUGCGAGCAGGGGCUCUUCCUGUCGGCCGGUCGGUGCUUGGAGGCCUGCCCGCCGGGGGAGUUCCUCCACCCGGAGGCCAAUGCCUGCCAGGCGUGCACCGGCAAGUGCAAGACCUGCCACGGGGCGGCCGACAUGUGCACCAGCUGCUCCGAGGGGUAUUUGUCGGUCGAGACGGGCAUCUGCCUCUCCCAGUGCCCGGGUGUGGGCUAUGCCAUGCUGGCCGGGCCGGACCCCGUGUGCCUGGCAUGCCCGGAUGGCUGCGAGCGGUGCACCGCCGACGAGUCGGACCCGGGGUCGGGCUGCACGAUCGACCCGCACGGCUCGAUCCACUGUCCGAGGGUGAAAACGUGCGACAUCUGCCACUCGGGGCGCUUGCUUCUCCGGUCCUCGGAGUGUGUGCCCAAGUGCCCGGAGGCGGGCUACUUCCCGGACCACGAGGCACCUCGGCCCAUGUGUGUGCCCUGCCAUGCCCAGUGCUCCGGGUCCUGCUCGGGCCCGGGCGCCGAUGGAUGCACGGCCAGCCCGGGCAUGCGCCGGAAGCUUGCGAUCGGCCUGGGCAUCGGGCUUGGGGUUUUGCUCUUGCUCAUCCUUUUGGCGGCCCUGCUCUUGCUGCUACUCCGGCUGCGGCGAGCCCGCCGGCCGUAUGCCAAGCAUGACGAUUAUGAUGAGGAUGGCACGGUGCUCAACACCAUCGUGGAGCUCUCGCUGCCGGGGGUGAUUUUGGUCCAUCUCGAGGCCGACUUUCUGCCCCUCCCCGAUGGGAACCUGGGAGUCGGCGGCCAGGCGCGGGUCUUUGCCGCACGAGCCAUCGGGGCCGGGAUCUCCGAGCGCCUUGGCUGCCCGGACACCGUGGCCAUCAAGAUCCUGAAGGCCGACAAGAUGACGCCGGUUAUGAGGGCCCUUUUCCAGAGCGAAGUGGCUCUGAUGUGGCUUUUCCGUGAUUGCCCGAACAUCGUCCAAUUGUAUGGCUAUUCGGAGGAGCCGCCGGCUCUGGUGAUGGAACGCUUCGACACGGAUCUGGCGACCAUUCUCCAUUCGGACUUGGAGCUGUCCCAGGAGACGGUGCUGCAUUUGAUCGAGCAAUGGGCAUCCGGCCUGGAGAUCAUGCAUGCGCAGGGGGUCGCCCAUCGUGACCUCAAGCCGGGCAAUGUCUUUGUCAAACAGGCCCCCGGCGGCGGAUGGUAUGCGGCGCUCGGGGACCUGGGCACCAGUCAAAGUCUCAGCCAGGACCGUUCGUCGGUGCUGGUCAACCAGGCGCCCGAGCUGAAUGCCCUGACCGUGCGCUAUGCCGCGCCGGAGGUCAUGCUGGCCUUCGAGGGGUCGCGUGCCAUCGAGAAGGAAUACCUGCUGCCGGCCGACAUCUACAGUGCGGCGAUCAUGCUCUGGGAGUGCCUCACGCGCAGCGUCCCCUGGAAAGGCUGUCCCUUCAAGCAGAUUGCCUUGAACCUCCGGGUGGGAGAUCGGCCCGCGGUGGAUUUCUCCGGGCCCCUUGCCGAUUUGGUCACCAUGGCAUGGGACACAAAUCCCCACGCCCGGCCACUGGGAUCCUCCUUCCGGCAGAAGGUGUCCAUGGAGCUGUCGCUGCGUGCACACCUCUAGAGUCGCAUGGCCGGGACAAGGUGCGGAGCUGUGCCUCUGUGUGUGUGGGUGUGUGCGCGCGCGCGCGCGCG